GCAAGAAACACUUGCUGGUUGGGUGGCAUUUCCGUGGUUUCUUCCAAGGACCGGUGAUGGAUUUUUUUUGUAAGAAUGACUGGUAUUAAUGGUUCGUAAGCUUCGCUGCUUGCAGAACAUCCCCUCUCGGUACGGCAAAGAUAAAAUAGACAAAAAACGAGGCCAUCUGCCUUUGCUCAUUGCAGCCUACUCUCGGCAGUGUCGCUAGUAUGGAUGUCAUCCUCGAUUUAGCCGACAACCAUGGGCUGGAUGCCUUGUAUGCCCAAUUUCCUUCGACACUUCAACCCUAUGUCGCUGACCGGCAUCAUGCAUUUCGACAAUGUUUCUCCCUCUGGCUUAUCGCCGUUGUCGGCGUCAACCUCCUUUACUUCAUUUUCUCUACCUUAUCGUACUACUUCCUCUUCGACCACUCCUUAAUGAAGCAUCCAAAGUUCCUGCCAAAUCAGAUACGGCGCGAGAUAAUGCUCUCCGUCACCUCGUUCCCUGUGACCGCCUUGGUAACUGUUCCCUGGUUCUAUUUCGAAGUGCGGGGUUACAGUAAAUUGUACAAGAAUGUGGACGACUAUGGGUGGGGGUACUUUUACCUGAGUAUUGGAAUGUUUUUGGCCUUCACGGAUUGUUUGAUCUACUGGAUACAUCGGUUCGAGCAUCACCCGAUGCUCUAUUGGUGGCUGCACAAACAACAUCAUGCAUGGAAAGUGUCGACGCCGUUUGCAAGCUUUGCGUUCCACCCGCUGGAUGGAUAUUUUCAAUCCAUACCCUAUCAUGCCUUUGUAUUCAUCUUCCCGAUGCAUGCAUAUGCCUAUCUUGCGGCUUUUGUGCUUGUGCAGAUAUGGACGAUCAGCAUUCAUGAUGGAGCGUACUUUACCCAACAUCCCAUUAUCAAUAGCUCAGCGCACCACACAGUGCAUCAUUUGGAGUUCAACUAUAACUACGGACAAUACACGACUCUGUGGGAUCGCAUCGGGGGUUCAUACAAGGAACCCACUGAACAUGUCGAAAACAACAUGUUCUUUGAAAAACUUUCCAAACGAAUGGCCCAGUACGAAAAGAAUGACGAGAGUAGGAUGCAGACUGCCUUAAUCGACAAUAAGGACCAGAAAAGGCGCAAUCGAAAACUGGGCAAAGGGCGUGCAAAUGGUAAAGGACAUCAAGCACGAUUGGUAAAAGAAGACUAGUGAAUAUAAUCUGGCGCACGAUUUUGCAUAUGGUAGUUUUAGAUAUUUUUAACAAAAGAUUAGGUUCUGGUCAUCAUCUCCUA